CAGAGAUCUUUGAUGAUCUCGUGGAAAAGGAUAGCUGCUCUCAGGUUUUUCUAUUUUAAUUUUACAGAAUUCGUUUUUACACAACUCGUAGCUUUUUGACUUCAUAUCUUAAAUUUGCUAGAAAUGUUCAAAUUUGGAUUUGCAGAAGAUAUAGCCGACAAUGUUGAAGAAGAUAGCGAGCAGAAAAAAAGAUUAGAAUGGAUCUCCGCUUCCAAACUUGAAAUAACGCUUGAACAAAUCGAAGCGAAAUAUGAAACUGAUUAUUAUACAGAUACUGAAGUUUUUCCUGGUUAUAAUCUAAAAUUAAUCCGCUCUGAUAAAGUAACGCAGAAUUUAACUGAUCAACAUUGUCAAAAUAUUAUUGAAGCUGAGUCAAAACAUUCCGAUCUUAUUCCAGCAAAAUACGAAGGUGGGCUGAAAAUCUGGGAAUGCACAUUUGAUUUAAGCCAAUAUAUACUGGAGAAGGAAAUUGAGUUGAAAGAUAAACUUGUCAUGGAUUUAGGAUGUGGUGCUGGUUUAAUUGGCCUUUUAUGUCUGCAUAAAAAUUCUAUGGUUCACUUCCAAGAUUAUAAUGUGGAAGUAUUAAGAUCUAUUACUAUUCCAAAUAUAUUAUUAAAUUUUGACGAUACAAUUAUUCGGACAAAAUGUGAAUUUUACGCCGGAGAUUGGGCUUCUCUCACAACAUUACUUGACACUAACGAAAGCAGAAAGUAUGAUUAUAUCUUUACAAGUGAAACAAUCUACAAUCCGGAUAAUCAUAAAAAGUUACAUGAGUUUUUUAAAACAAGACUGAAAGCCGAUGGUGCUGUAUUCGUUGCUGGAAAGGCUUACUAUUUUGGUGUGGGAGGUGGAAUGAGACAGUUUGAAAAUCUUGUAUUGAAGGAUGGAAACUUUGAUGUCACAUUGGUGUGGAAAAAUCGAAAUGGAAUAAACAGAGAAAUUCUGAAACUCACAAGAAAAUUACAUCAAGAAAUUUCUGAUGUAUAACAUUAUUGUCUUCAUAAAAUUAUGAGACGUCUGAAACGAAUUCUGUCGUGAAGGCGGUCGCUCUGACCUUGCCAAAAUUCUAUGGAAUGUGGCACAACAAGAUAACCACCCCUAAAAUAAGGUAUAAUGAACAAUCUUUAUAAAGAAAUGAUGACGCAAUAAAUACAAGACUCAAUAGCAUGCUGUUACUCCACAGUUCAACGGUAAUAAAUUGUUCUAUUAAUGUUGCAA